GGCGCGCACUUCCGUGAAGAAGAAACACGCACAACCAGACCAGACCAGGAUCCAGACCAGAUCCAGAUCCAGACCAGGUCCAGAUCCCGAGUGGAGCCGUGAGUUCACCGCAGUGCGUGAGGGACAUGGCGCAGUGGAGUGCGGCGGCGCUGCUGCUGUUUUACGUUUGUCGAGGAUCCCUGGGUGUGGAUCUGUUUGAAUGGAGUCAGUCUGUGCAGCUUCCUGUUGACCUGCAGCCUCAGGGGAACUUCUUGUCCGUGCGGUGGACUCGGGGGUCAGAGGAGGUCCACCUGAAGAGGCAGGACGGUGAUGACCUUCGCAGUCAGAGCCCAAGGUUCAAAGGACGAACUCAGAUGAAGCCAGACGCCCUGCAGACCGGAGACUUGACUCUGGUGCUCACCAACCCCACCAGCGACGACGUGGGACGCUACACCUGUGUGGCCAGACUGAACAGCGCUGAGGUGCAGUCUGUCACUGUGGAUCUCAGAUUCAAAGGUGAGGAGAAAUCUGUGGAAGUCAAUACGACCGUCUCUCUGCCGUUCCACAUGGGAACCUUACGGAGUGGAGUGCGUGUGCGGUGGACGUGGGAGCCAGAGGAGCCAGAGGGGUCACAGGGGUCACAGGGGUCACAGGAGGUGCACCUGCGUGUGGGCGACAGAGACGACCUGAGCAAUCAGAGCCCUCAUUUCAAAGGACGCACUCAGAUGAAACCAGACGCCCUGAAGACUGGAGACUUGAGUCUGGUGCUGAACAACACCAGCGACACCGACACUGGGACCUACACAUGUUCGGUGACAGAAGAACAACAUCGAACUCGGACGCACAACAGUGAAACUGAACAUCAAAGGGAAUAACAUCAUCAUCAUCGUCGUCUGUGUCGUGUGCGCUGCAGCUGCUACUGCGGCGGGCGGCGUCUCUGCAGUGGCGCUCAAAAGAAAGAAGGAAACCAAAG